AUGCAAACAUUAUUCUUAGUAAUGUCAGAAGAUGAAAUCGAAAAAUUAUCAUCUGGCGUUGCAAAAAACAGUACUAGUGUUAGAAAAGAUGCUUCUGAAACGAAAAACGAUUCAAAGAGUAAUGAAUUGGCAUCGGAAUUAAGAAAUUCCGAUGCCAAUUCUGAAGACGUAACUUUGAAAGUUCUUGGAGAAUUUGGAAAAUGGCAAUUAUGGUUGAGUGUUUAUAUGGCUUUAUUGAAACUGCCGUUAGCAUGGUAUCAAUUAAAUAUCAUAUUUAUGGCACCGCCUCAAGAGUUCUGGUGUGCUAAGCCCGAAUCUUUAAGUUUUUUGACGGACAAAGAAUGGAGACGACUCUGUGCUCCUUUAAUUGAAGAAUAUCCUUGUUUGAUUUUCGACCCCGAGAUACUCCUUGUUUUACCGUAUAUGGAGAGACAACUGAUACCUUUAGUGAAAUGUCCUCGAUUUGUUUACAAUACUACUGUAUUUACACGAACAAUUUCUUCAGAUUGGGAUUUAGUGUGCUCGAGACAUUGGCUAAUCCACUUAACCCAAAGCAUAAUGAUGUGGGGAGUUCUUCUUGGUGGCAUUAUUUUUGGUAUAAUCGCAGAUAAGUGUGGACGCAAAAUCCCAUUAAUGAUCGGAAUAACUAUACAAUGCAUUGCUAGCUUCAUAACUAGUGUAUUACCAUGGUAUUGGUUGUUUUUAGUAAACUGGUUUAUUCUAGCUUUGGCUUCCGGUGGAAUUGGUAUUAUAUCGUUUGUUUUAAGUAUGGAGAUCGUAGGAGGCAAAUGGCGAACAAUAAUACCCAUUGUAUACCAGUUACCUUUUGGUCUUGGUAAUACAGUCAUGGCGAUACUCGCCUAUUGGCUUCGGGACUGGCGAAAGUUGGAAAUUGCGUUGGCCACACUGUCGUCACUAUUUUUAUUUUAUUGGGUGUUGAUAACAGAAUCACCUAGGUGGCUUAUUGCUACUGGCCAAACUGAAAAGGCUUUAGGACGAAAUGGUGGCGUAGGUGGAGUGACAACAUUCGCUAGGGUUGCUGCCAUGGUCGCACCUGCUGUUGUAAAUCUCGAAGAAUUGAGACCAGACCUUCCGUUAAUACUUCUGGCAAUAAUGUCAUUCGGUCAAUUAGCAUUACUUAUACCUCUGCCUGAAACAAAGGAUCAACCAUUGCCCGAUACCUUGGAGCAAGCUGAAGAAUUUUAUAAAAAGUAA